AUGGAUCGUUUCGACACUGAACUAUUUAUUGAUGAGGUGGAGAAGAGACCUGCAAUAUGGGACAUUCAGUGUGAUGAUUACUCAAAUAAAAUUAUCAAGAACCGAGCUUGGCAAGAGUUGGUGGAGAUAUUCGGAAAUUGCGAAGACACUGUGGAAAAAAAGAAUAUUUUAAAAUACAAAAAAGGAAAAACAACUCCUUCUGGUUCAAGUGCUCGUAAAGGAGCCCAAUAUAUGUAUUUUGCAAGAUUAUCUUUCCUGCAGAAUAGUGUAAGUAAUAAAGACACUACAACUAAUAUUGAAGAACAGAAUGAAAGGCAAAGUGAGGAGACAAGUCAACUAAACGCCAAUGUAACCGAAGCCACUGAAAUACGUCCCCCUAAACGUAAGAAAACACAAGUGCCAGAAGAAAAAAUAGCUGUUUUAAUAGAAAAAAGUAUCGAGUCACGAAAACAUUUUGAGAAUGAACUUCAAGAAAAAAGUAUUACCAAGCAAGAUGACGACAAACUCUUUUGUUUGUCGUUAUAUAAAGAACUCAAAAAAGUACCAGAAAAUAGGCGUUUAGCAACCAAAAUUGAAUUGCUUCAAGUGAUACAAAAAGGACAAAUCUUACCACCCCCUGUUCGCUACAAUAAUCAGCAAAUCACACCUACGUAUUGGCAAGGACAACAGUAUACAAGCCCGCAAGGAUAUUUUACUACAUCUGGAUCAUCUCCUCCUGUUCCGGCACCGUCACCGUCACCAUCGCAAUUUAGUUCUGGCUCUCAGUCCUCUACAGUUAUAGAAAAUAUUUAUGCUGAUUUUGAAGAACAAUAAAUAAAUCUUACCUUAAAGUUAUUACGAGUUUCUCUUCCGGUGACACGCUUGGCCUCAAAUGCGUUUCAGAGCAUGAAACAUCUUGCCUGAUCAGUUCAAUUAGUUCAUCAAAAGAUUUUAUUGACAUUCUCAAAUAGUAAAAAAAUUUGUUAUCAUACAUUCUUAAUUUGGGAUAUAACGUUACGAACUGACCAUGUACUAGUCGGUCACGUAAUAUUGGAUGCACCCAAUACCGCCUUUUUCUUUUCUUUUUUUUAAGGAGCAACAACCACAGUAAACACACUUCUUCGUCGACCUCCAUUUUGA